AUGUCGAAUGAUCAUAAACAUCAUCAGACACCACCAGAUUUUGCUGAUGAUGAUACAAAAGAUGAUGAUCAAAUGUUUAAAUCAGCAACAUUACCUGUAACUGAUGAUAUUCCACUAAGUGGAGAAGAUGAUGAUGAUGAUAGUCCAUUUGGUGAACCAUCAGUACAAAAAAAAACUCCAACAUAUGUUAAUGAAUCAUCUACUAAUAAUGAAACACCAUUCCAAGUUCCGCCGGUAACACCUACUGCUGUAAUAGAACCGCAAAUAUCAACAGCAGUGAAGCAAGAUAACCAAUUAUUUUCACGAGAUUCAAGUAUUAGUUCAACAGAAACAAAUACAUCGACAACACAACCUGUUCAUUCAACAGCAUCAUUAGAAAGUCAAUCUUCAACAUCGGCACAAGUGUCAAAAUCUAUGGCUAGUGGAACUACUGGUAUAACAACAAAUACAAAACCAACUCAAAAAAGAUCUGAUGAACAUAAUAUUGAAAUUACUGUUAGUGAUCCUACAAAAGUCGGAGAAGGCAUGUCAUCAUAUAUGACAUAUCGUAUAACAACAAAAACAACAUUAGCAAUGUUUAAAAAAAAUGAAUUUUCCGUUAAUCGUCGUUUUAGUGAUUUUCUUGGUUUACAUAAUAAACUUGUUCAUAAACAUCUUCAAUUAGGUGUUAUUAUACCCUCACCACCAGAAAAAGAUACCAUAGCUAUGGCUAAAGUUAAAAUAUCUAAAGACGAAACAAUACCAAUAGAUUUUAUUGAUCGUCGUCGUUCACAAUUAGAACGUUAUUUAAAUCGUUUAGCACGACAUGAAAAAUUAGUUCAAGAUCCAGAUUUUCGUGAAUUUAUUGAAAUGCCAAAUGAAUUACCUAAAUCAACCAAUACUCAAGCAUUAAGUAGUGCUGGUGUUUUACGUGCAUUAACAAAUUUAUCACAACAAGUUACUAAAUUAACAACUAAAACAAGUGAACAAGAUCAAUGGUUUGAAGAAAAACAUACAUUUAUAGUUGAUUUACAUAAUAAUUUAAAACAUUUAUUUAAUCAUUUUAAUACAUUAUUUAAUCAACGUAAAGAAUCAGCACAAGCAUUAAAAAGUUUAUCAACAUCAUUAAAUCAUUUAGCAACGAUUGAAGAACAUACAUUAUUAUCAAGUGCAUUAAUUGAAUUAGCUAAUGUUCAAGAUAAAAUUGAACAAAUUAAUAUUGAUCAUUCAUUAAAAGAAUAUACAAUUAUAAGUGAAUUAAUUAAAGAAUAUAUAUCAUUAUUAGAAAUGGUACAAUUAGCAUUUCAAGAACGUAUUAAAAUACAUCAACAAUGGUUAAAUGCUGAAGAUACGUUAAGAAAAAAACGUGAACAUAAAGCUAAAUUAGAACAAGCACCAAAAGGUGCUGAUAAAUUACCACAAACUGAAAUGGAAAUUAAUGAAUGGGAAGGAAAAGUAACACAUAAUAAAGAAGAUUUUGAACAUAUAUCAAUAUCAAUUCGACAAGAAUUAGAUGUUUUUGAACAAACACGUAUUGAAGAUUUUAAAAAAGCUAUUGAGAAUUAUUUAAAACAAUUAUUAGAACAACAAGAAAAAAUUUUAGAAAUUUGGGAAAUGUAUUUACCGGAAGCAAAUAAAAUUAAUAUGUAUUUAAUCUGUUAUUUGUCAUUAUUUAUUAUUUUAAUUAAACAAAUCUCCUGUCAACAAAGUUCGGUACAAAUACAAAAAAUUGAAGCUGAUCCACCUAAUCCAAAUGUUGGUGAAAGUUUAAAAAUUCGUUGUUUUUUAAUUAAUGUCGAUCCAUUUGCACAAUAUCCAACACAAUUAUUAUGGAGUAUAAGACGAUUUAGUCAAGAUCGUGAUUUUCGUAUAUUAGCAUUUGGUGGUUCAGUUCGUGAUACAUUAAGUGGUCGUGUAAGUGCACGAAAAGAAUCUGAAGAAGUUUAUGAAAUUGUUUUUCGUCCUGUACAAGAAUCUGACUCAGGUGUUGUUCGUUGUGAAUUAGCAAAUACAGAAGCACAAGUACGUCUUGAACGUACAAUUAAUGUUCUUGUACCACCAUCAAUAUCAUAUAUAACUGCUGAUGUUUCUGUACGUGCUGGUGAUCCUAUUACACUUGAAUGUCGUGCACAAGGUAAUCCACCACCAUUAUUAAUGUGGAUACGACAAGGACAAGAAUAUCCAACAUCAUAUAGUGGUAUAUAUAGAAUUGACAGUGUUAGUAAAGAUGAUCGUGGUUUAUAUAAAUGUGUUGCUGAACAACAAACAGGAAAAAAAUUAACAGCUGAAAAUUAUGUUAAUAUAUUUGUUGAUUUUGAUCCAACUGUUAUAUGUGAUCAAAUUGUUGUUGAACAAGUACCAAAUAUAAAUGCUGAUGCUGAAAUAACAUGUUCAGGUGAAGCAUAUCCAAUGAAUGUCUUAAAAUGGGAAUUUUCACAAGGUAAUACAAAUGUUCGUCGUGCUAUAACAAGUGGAGAAAAAUAUCAUAUUGAUACAAAUGUUGCAGCAGAUUCCAUUGAUAGUCGUUAUGGUAGUGGAUUAAUUAUUAAAAAUGUUGAACCAAGCGAUUAUGGUAUAUAUACAUUAAUUGUUAUGGAUGAAAGUAAACGACAAGCUAGUGGUUGGGUUGAAUUACGACCUAGUUCUUAUAUUCGACCAUUUAAUAAAGCAAUCUCCAUUUUUCAUUUUUAUUCGUAUUUUUUUAUAUUUUUAUGUCUAAUUGUAGAUAUUCUUUUACAAUGA